AUGCUGUUUAGUCCACGUGUUUUACAGCUGCUCUAUCAAUUCAAAGAAGGAGAUGACAAUUUACCAGGUGAAGACUUGUUGGCUGAUUUAUUGGACAACAAGACAACAAUCAACAUGAAGUUACUCUACAAAGUGUUGUACAGUUUCAAGAAACUAAACCUGCGACUGACAGUUGAUGAACUGAAUGAAGCUGGAAUCAAACUCAGCAAGUUGAAGAAAAACACUUCGAUAGUUGAACAGUUUGCAAAUGAAAUGGAAGAAAAUGAAAAUUUUAAACAGGUAUCAGUAAUUGAAGGGGAUAGAGAACACAGGCUGUAUAUUUCCAGUGAUGAAAUAGAGAAACUCUACAUUAGAAAACUAGAAAAGUUGAUUCUAGUCAAUUUCGUAAGAAGAAAGACAAAAAUAGAUGAUAAAAUGGUAGAUGUAUGCUACUGCAAGAAGAGUAAAACAGGAAACAUCGCAUACAAACCAACUGAAUUCGGAUACAAAAACAAAGUUGAUUUUAUUUCAAAAUUACCUGAGGAAAAUGAAGUUGGUGGAGCUGAUUUACCAAAUGAACAAGAUAUCAAUAUCACAGAAUCAAUGAUAGGGAAGGUGGCAUCAAGUAAUACAACUAUUAAGGUGAUGAUAAAACAGAAGAAACAACAAAUCAAACUGAAUACUGCUGAAGACAGAGAAUUGAUCAGGAAGAGAAAACAGGAGGAAAAAGAAGAACUAAAGCGAAUAAAACAAGAAGCACUAGAAGCAAAAAGGGAACAAGUGAGAAAAAUGAAAGAAGAAAGAGAAGCUAAAAGAAGAGAGUUUUAUGAAAAUAAGGAAAAGGCUAAGGUAGAGAAAAAGCAGAACAAAUCAAAAUCAGGUAUUAAAUUGGACAGUUUCAUUCGUGAAAUUGAAAAAGAGGAAUCCAACACAGAUGAAAGUGUGGUAUCUGUUAAGUUUGAGAAUAAGGAUUACACGCCUAACAACUACACGUAUGUCUACAACAAGAAUAACCUGAUCAAAAAGACACUCAGAAUCAAUAACAAAGCCAAAAACCCAAUAACCUACCAGUACAUCGAAUUUCCAUACGUUGAUGGAAAAAGAAGACCACUUAUCAAACCGAGACAGGAAAACUACAGAUAUUUCAUAAGAGAGACUGCUGAAUCAAUCAACUAUUCCUGGGUAGUUGAUUCAACUCAACGUAUCCCUGAAGUAAUGGAUUAUGAUGAAGAAUCCAUCAUAUCAGAAGAAUCAACAACAACAAUCAAAACAGAAGAAGAACUCUCUCUUGGUGAUGAACCAAAUGCACUAUUUGAUGACAAAAUGUUUGUCAAUGAUUCUAAUGAGGCGGAAGAAAUCACUGCGGUAGUAAAGAACUGGAAUCAACCUGAAUUCAAAUCAGAGGUUGUUAAAAUCACCAAAUUAUGA